UAUGUUAUUUUGCUAUGCUGAUUGUACUCUAGUGUGGAGUUCACUUGCCUGUGUGUUUAUGCUACACAUGAUAACAUUGUAUCCAGCGCCUCAGUGGUUAUGAGUAGAGCAGAGCAGUGUGUUCAAAGCCAGGUAACCCCACUGUAGGGCCCCAAUUCUGAAGCAAUGUGCAAACUGGAGAGCGUCUGCGCUGCGUGCUGCCAUGUCCCCCGUGCUGUGAUUCUGAACAGAGCACAGGCUGGACUCUGAUUUGGUUACCACUGUCCAGUCCAUGGACAGGGUUAACAAAUCAAGAGAGACUGACCUCCCCUUUAAAUCAAGAGAGACUGUCCUCCCCUUUAAAUCAAGAGAGACUGACCUCCCCUUUAAAUCAAGAGAGACUGACCUCCCCUUUAAAUCAAGAGAGACUGACCUCCCCUGUAAUGUGGAAAACAAGCGUUUCUUGGGAUUAUCAAUAAUAUCACAAUAAGAUUUCUUUAUUUCCAUUAUAGUAAACAUCCCCAUAGCUGUACAAUAUGGACCAUUUCUUUACUGGACCUGCUCAAGGAUAUCUCAUGUCAGUCACAGUUAGACUAGCUGCUUAUACACAGUGUGAUCUAUUAUUCAGUGUUAUUCAAUAGAUGAUUUUAGACCUCCAUGUUCAGAAUGUAACCCAGCUCUCUUCUUUCACAGAGUCUGUGAAGCGAGAGGUCCUUAAAUCAGAAUGGAAGUGGAUCAUCAGCUCAGCAGUUGAUGUGACUCUGGACCCUGAUACAGCACAGCCCCAGCUCAUCCUGUCUGCGGAGGGGAAACGAGUGAGACGGGGAGAGACAUGGCAGGAUCUCCCUCAUAAUCCAGAGAGAUUUGAUGACUGGUCCUGUGUGCUGGGCAGGGAGGGCUUCACCUCGGGGAGACACUACUGGCAGGUGCAGGUGCAGGGGAAUAAAUGGUGGAGAUUAGGAGUCAGCAGAGAGUCUGCCCUGAGGAAGGGGGAGUUCAACACAACCCCCCAGCAGGGUUACUGGGCUGUGUGGUGGGGGAAUGGAGAUAGAGGUGAGUUCACUGCUCUCACUGACCCCCGGACCCCCCUCCCCCUGAGCCUGAAGCCCCAGAAACUGGGGUUGUAUUUGGAUUAUGAAGAAGGGCAGCUCUCCUUUUACAAUGCGGAGACCAGAUCUCACAUCUACACUUUCACUGACAUGGAGUUCAAUCCCAAUGAGAAACUCUAUCCAUUCUUCUAUACUUACAGUGAAACAAACCUUGUGCUGGAGUCCCCUGACCCUGUCAGCGCUGCAGAUUAAACACACAUUGCUGUCUGAACCAGGAAACUGUUGUAAUACAUACCUAAACAAAGGAAGCAAAGACGGGGGACCAUAUUAAAUGUAUACAUAAUAACGUGCUUGGGAAUAUAACGCUCCUACAGCAUGUCCCCCAAUUCUCUAUACAAGUGCAAUAUUUCUACAGUAAAUACAGUACCGGUGUUCAAACUGUAAACAACUUAUCAGUGUAACUUCCAUUUCUGUCUCUCCCUUUUGAUACAGUAUCUGAACUGAAGAAAAGAUGCGCUGGCACUUUAUAACACAGACAUCUUAUUCAGCAUUCAUUUUAUAACUAAAUAAAUAUUAGGUCUGUAACGUGGUUGUCUUUCCUAAUGUAUUUACUUUUUUGCUGCGAGAGGAGCUGCAGUUUUCUCCGGGAUACGAGACACUUCAGCCCCGCUCCAGCAGCCGAACCUGGAGCGAGCCCAUUCCCUCGUCCCCUCUCCCGACCCGCUCUCCUUCUUGCAUUUUGUUAGUUUGCUUGUCUGGCGCUUCGAACUGAACUCCCCACUGCCGUUUAGCCAGGCUAUAGUUUAAAAACUGCUGAUUAAAAUUAUCCUCGAGUGGGAAUGUUACCUUUUUUUAUUUUUUUUGUUAAAAAUAUAGCAUUGAUUACAUUGUGUUUUAUGCAUGGUUAAUUAACAGAAAGUUACAUUUUUGAUUCACUGUAUGCGUAUUAUAGAGAGGGAAUUAUUUUAUUUAGUAUUUUAGUCAGAUGUGUGUUGUUAUGUGUCCCGCGGUGUAAAGGUAAGGAGUUAAGAAAACGUUUACCGGUUGAGGUCCUGGGCGUUGCCACUUUUUCUUGUAAUGACGCUUGAGCGUGAUGAUGAAAUGCAGUAACCCCGCCCACAGCCUGCUUCGGCCCCGAGACAGAUUCAGAUAUGUUGCAGGGCUGGAGUUUCACGGCUUGGUUCCAGCUCGGCUCGGUUAUUUGCUAGUGUAAACACUCCCGUACCGUCACGGUACGGGUGUGCUAGUGUAAACAGGGUAUUAGUUAGAGUAAAGUUGACUCACAGACUGAGAGAGAGGAGCUCAGAGGAAGAACUUAAACACCAGCUCCAAUGAAACCAGCGAACACACCCCAAUAAUUCAACACACUUGGAAGAAAACUGAAAUAUUGUUUAAGGAACUCUAUUAACCUACAUCUCCGCUGAAGAAAGUGGAAGUUAACAAUCAAUGAGUUAAUGAUGGGCUGAGUUGUCUGACCAAGAAAGGACAUCUCAAUGUGAAGAGGAUUUUUCUUAUAGAACAAAGACCUGAACAGGACAACGGCCAAAGUCAUCACCCCAGGGAUCAACACUGUGAAUCAAAUUGAGUAUUCAACAUGAAACUAGAAGAAUAGAAAAGAGUCACUGAAGAGAUACUUGGGAAAUGGAAUGAAUGCAUGUUUGCAGAAAGGCUGGUUCUUGUGAAAUAUAAAGGGGUGUACGAUAUCUAGCACAUUGUUUCAACUAACAAAGGGGCUGCAAUAAUAUUAUAUGGGAGUGAUUUAACAAGUAUACAGAGGGAGGAUCAAUAGCGAUCCAAGAGAUUGAGAGAAGGGCCUGGAAUAAUAUUACAUGGGAGUGAUUUAACAAGUAUACAGAGGGAGGAUCAAUAGCGAUCCAAGAGAUUGCGUGAAGGGGCUGGAAUAAUAUUACAUGGGAGUGAUUUAACAAGUAUACAGAGGGAGGAUCAAUAGCGAUCCAAGAGAUUGAGUGAAGGGGCUGGAAUAAUAUUACAUGGGAGUGAUUUAACAAGUAUACAGAGGGAGGAUCAAUAGCGAUCCAAGAGAUUGAGUGAAGGGGCUGGAAUAAUAUUACAUGGGAGUGAUUUAACAAGUAUACAGAGGGAGGAUCAAUAGCGAUCCAAGAGAUUGAGUGAAGGGGCUGGAAUAAUAUUACAUGGGAGUGAUUUAACAAGUAUACAGAGGGAGGAUCAAUAGCGAUCCAAGAGAUUGAGUGAAGGGGCUGGAAUGAAUAAGAACAAGUGAAGUGGGGUUAAGUUUCUGUUCCGUGGAUUCUAAUUAAAAUAAAUAUAAUUAACAACAGAUUGAUGAAUAAUGAAUUACCAUCUCUUAAUAUCUUAAUCAGAUUUCACUGAAAUGUAUAUUCUAAUAUUUACUGAUUGGCAUUCACUCAAACAGUUAUCCUGUUUGGAUAUUCAUAUUACUUGAUUAUUGAUUUAAGAAUAUUGCUCAUCCUAUAUAAAAAAAUUCUAGACAAUAGAUGAAUGCAUAGAUGUAUACAAGAUAUAAAGGUGUUGUAGAUGAAUGCAUUAUUUUCCAUGUAAUCAAUAUUUACACUGAAGCUGAGAUAUUUCCUGAAUAUUAUUCAUUGCUAAACUGAUUUCUGAUAUUUUGAUAUGAAUCUUCUUUUCUGUUUUUGUAGCGUAUCCAUUUUCUAUCUUUCUUGAUAAAAUGUAUACAAG